AUGACAUUAUUUGAUGUCUGUAGAAUCUUAACAGUAGGUUAUAAUUGUUUUAUUGUAGUUAGGAAGAAGAUAAAGCGCUUUCCCAGGGAAAAGGGUAGGGGGAAAGUGUUUUGGGGUAGUGCUGAUAAAAAAGUUAGGGUAGACAAGCAAAUGCAAAAAGUAUUUCGUAAAAGGGCGAGACAGUACAACUCAGAUGAUGACGAGGAGGAGGAAGAGCACGAGGAGCCUGCUGGAGAGGAAGGUGAAAAUGGUUCAUAUGCUGAUGAUAAGGUGAAAGGGGAUUCUGAUGACGAAGACGAAAAUAUAGAGCCAGGAAUUACAAUGUUCACUGAUGGUUGUAAAGCGUUUAAGAUGGCUUUCAGCACAAUCAUUAGGAAGAAAGUUGCAGACCCUGAAUUGGGCCAUGUUUUGUCAGGGAACAAGGAGCUAGUUGCUAUGAAACUUGCUGAAGUGCUAAGCGAAAGAAAGGCCAAAGAGGAGGCCAAGAAGGACAAACAUAUGGAGCGGGAGAAGGGCCAUGCAAAGCUACCUGCACAUUUAGACUCACAAGACAAGUUUCUUCUGAAUGUUGAUACUAAAGGAGCAUCAAAUUUCAGUGAUCAAGUUAUUUACUGCGGUAAGUCCGUCAGCAAAGCGCAAAAUGCUCAGAAAGGACUAAAUCUAUCAAGGGAUAAAGAUGCCAAAGGUAUUUCAGUUGUGCUUACAAUAGAUGUUAGUCUUGUUGAUAUAGAUGACGUUGCAAUUUUCAUAUUGCAUACAAGCUAA